AUGUUACAGGCGUGCAAAAUGGAAGGGUUUCCCCUCGUCCCCCCUCCAUCGGAAGAGCUGGUUACUUACGAACCUGAACUAUACCAACGCCAAACUCAAGACUACUACUCCUUUAUGAGCAGCGAUGGAGACAGCCACAGUGAUCAUUACUGGGACUUCCCCACGCACCAUGUACACAGCGAGUUCGAGAGCUUCCCUGAGAACCACUUCACGGAGCUGCAGAGUGUGCAGGCCCCGCAGCUGCAGCAGCUCUACCGUCACAUGGAGCUGGAACAGAUGCACGUCCUCGAUACCCCCAUGGCACCGCCCCACGCCAGCCUCAGCCACCAGGUUUCCUACAUGCCCAGGAUGUGCUUCCCUUAUCAGUCCUUGUCCCCGGCCCACCAGCAGAGCUCAGAUGAGGAGGAGGGUGAGAGGCAGAGCCCCCCAUUGGAGGUGUCUGAUGGAGAGGCUGAUGGCUUGGAGCCUGGGCCUGGUCUUCUGCAUGGGGAGACAGGCAGCAAGAAGAAGAUUCGCCUGUACCAGUUCCUGCUGGACCUGCUGCGCAGCGGCGACAUGAAGGACAGCAUCUGGUGGGUGGACAAGGACAAGGGCACCUUCCAGUUCUCAUCCAAGCACAAGGAGGCGCUGGCGCACCGCUGGGGCAUCCAGAAGGGCAAUCGCAAGAAGAUGAUAGCGCUGCGCAACUACGGCAAGACCGGCGAGGUGAAGAAAGUCAAACGCAAGCUCACCUACCAGUUCAGCGGCGAGGUGCUGGGCCGCGGAAGCCUGGCCGAGCGGCGCCUCCCACCCCAAAAAUCUCCUGCAGAGCCCGCCAGGCCCCCGGCCCCCGCCGGCCAUAGCAUUAACCCCUCGCCAGGCCCGGACACAGGGAGGACAUUCCCAGGGCCGAGGCAGGACUGGGGGCCCGGCCGCGCCCUCCCACGCCUGGCCCGUCCCGCCUCGCUUCGCCUCCCACCAAGACUCUAGGCCCACCCCAGGGCCACCUGGGCCUCGGACCCCACCCGAGGGUCAGCCUGGCUUAGUGGCCACGGUGCUUCCUUGGGAGUCUGGCGUCUUUGUAUAUUGAUUGCUCUUUUUAAGGCUCUU